UGCUCACAAUCGUUUUAAUCGUUUUGACAAAGGUAUGUAGCCGAAAUGUUGUUGCAUCUAUCACGCCUAUCUCCCAAUUAUUUUGCAAGGAAUGGCAGGAAGUACACGAAAUUCAAACAUUUGUGUGACCUUCGUUUCAAUGAGGCUUUGAAGACAGAAGGUCUGCAGUAGUGAAAGGAGGGGCGCUGAGAAGGGUAUUACUGCUGAUGAUUCGUUAAGUCUCUUGGUGUAGUUGACAACCAUUGCUGAAGAGCGGAAGGGACUAGAGUGGGUCAUUAUUUGUAAGUCGUUACAGCUUGGCUAUGCUUCACUUUUCUUUAAGAAGAAACAGUAGCCUAGGAAGACUAGGACGAGAAACAGUGAACAUUAUCUCUCGGCAUUCUUCAGCGUCUGCAGAGCAUGAGGAACUGCCAGAUACCACCACUGAUCGACCGGCUGUGAAAAGAAACGUUUCUGGCUUGAAGGAGUGGCACUACCGUAAAUACCAUGGCAAGCCGCCUGUCAUAAAUGAAGAGACUGCCCACCUGGCUGGUUUGCGAAUGCAGCGGAGGAUUUGGGCUCAAUAUGGCUCUCAGUCUGGUAUUAAUCCUGCCAUUGCAUGGCCGGUUAAGGACGAAUGGGAAGACAAGAUGGAAUAUGAGUCGUUGGCUUAUCCCGACUCCCUUCAAGAGAUGGUGCGCAAGCACAAGAUGGAGCAAAGUGCCAAAGAGGAAGCAGUGCGAGAAAGAAUGGAAGCCAUCGACGCGAAGAUGGUCAAUUUGGAAAAAUGGAAAAAGGAGAUUGCCGACAGGAAACGAAAGAAAGAACAAGAACUGCAAGCAGCGAAAGAGAAGCAUGAUCGACUGAUAGAGGAAGUUAAAGAAUACCUUGGAUUCAAGGUAGAUUCGAAAGAUCCUCGUUUUAAAGAGAUAUUGGAGCAGAAAGAGCUGGAAGAGAAAAAGAGGGCUAAGGAUGCAAAGAAGAAGCAGAAGCAGGCAAAGGCUGCGGAGAAAUUACGACAAAUGACGGAUGAAAUGCUGGACAGAUCAAAGCCCACGGAUGAUGCGUAGGCAGUGCUUGGGCCGUGGUGGUAGUGGACCGGAUGGCAAUAUAUGUGUGAAGACCA